UCGAAGUGGUAAACAAACGUAUGCAUAUUACGAUGCAUCAUUUUUGUUUGUAAUUCAGCUAUAUAGAUUAGUUUCUUCGGGACAUUACUAAAAUUGUUAUCAUCAUGGACAUCCACAACGAAGUGCAGUCCACGGAGACAGAUUUCGAAAAAAAGAAAUUUGUUGUGCGAAAUGCUGCAGACAUUCAACGGGCAAAAUUGGAGAAACUUAUGAAAAAUCCUGAGAAACCGGUCAUUAUACCAGAAUCACCUAAAGAACGCGACUUCUCAAAUGCCAUUCCAACUUUCGUGCGCAACGUAAUGGGAUCUAGUGCAGGAGCCGGCUCUGGGGAGUUUCAUGUAUAUCGUCAUUUACGACGAAAAGAGUAUGCCCGACAAAAGCAUAUACAGGAGAAAAGUCGUUCGGAACAGUUGGACGAAGAUUUUCAACAGCGACUAGAGCAGAAUCGCUUAUUGGCGGAGGAAAAAACUGCUAAAAAGCGGGCGAAACGUUUGAAGAAGAAAAAUAAACAGAAGGCAAAUCGUGGUAAAAAACCUCGCAAGGAAAACCCAAUCGAAGAAAGCGAAGACGAAGAUGAUGAAAAGGAGGAGGGAGAAAAUUCCGACGACGCUAAGGAACAAGAACAUACUGAGGAUAGAAGUAAUUCACGAGAUGAGAACAUAAAUGAAGAUAAUAUGACGAAAGAAGGAUGUGCGCAAGAUGAGACCACGAAAGAAAGUGUUGAAAAAGAGGUACAUGCGCAAAAUGAAAAUGUAUCAAUAAAAGAGAACAUUGAAGAUGAAAUGAAGGAUAUACACAAAACGAACAAUGAGAAUGCAGAAUCCAUUACAGUUCAUGUAGCGGAAAAUGCAACUAAGGAGUCGGAAAACAUUGAACUCAACGACGAAGAUAACUCCAAUGUCGAACUAUCUGAACAUACAAAGUAAUUUUCAACGUUCAAAUGUAAGCUAGAUGUAAAAGAUUGAUUUUCUCCCAAAUCAAGCGAAUAAAUAAAAUUAACUUGUUUUGAUAACAAA